UAUUCGCUUUAAACAGAUGAUUAGUUACUUUCUAUAUAUUUUGAAUUCACCUAAAUGCAUCUUAAAUGAGGACGUACAGCCGCCAAAAUCAAAAACCCGGAUAUUGCUGUUUGCAUUUGCACACUAAACAAAACAAUUAGAAAACUGAACAUGGAUACAGUGCUUUCGAAAGGCGUUUUCAGUCAUUUUGGUUUACUGGAAGUUCAGGCAAGGAACCGCUUGAUACGUCCCCAGCAAUCGAGCCGUGUGAAGGAGCUGAAGGCUGAAGUCGCCGCGCUGAAGAUAAAGAGAGAACAACUGAAGGCAGAGAUACAGACACACAAGACUCUUCAGAAACUGAGGCUAUCCGUGGAUAAACAAAGUAUAGACAAAGAAGUGGAGGAAAUGGAGGAAGAGUUUGCAGACACAGAAUUACUGAAGCUUAUGGCCAAACAUUCACAUAUAAAAGAUCUUAUCUACGCCCAUCACCUCCUGGGCGGCUACAACAUCAUCAAGACAAACAAUGAUAAAGCAGUAUGUGUCUCCUUGGCAACAGCCUAUGAGGGCUUCUACUUGGAUACCUACAACCUGGAAAUAGACCUCAGGUCUGUGCUAAGGAUCAGUCAUCACAACAUCCCCCCGUUCAUUCCUCUGAACAGCCUGGCAGAGCAGAGUAACAUACAGACAGACGUUAAAGCUUUUCUUGAACUCCUCAGUCUGCACCUCAACGCAUAUGCUGGACGUAAGCAGCAGCUGAAGCUUGUUAAGGAGCAGUUCAAGUCUGUAGAAGUGAUGGAGAGCAACACAUUGUGUACAUUACUGGUGUUGAUGUUUACUGCAUCCACAAAGAGGACUCCUGUCCUCUGCACAUUGGACUACUCUGACCAUACCAAGAGUCUUCCUACCAGAGUCCUCUUUGAGUGUGAAGAUAGUGAUCUUCCCAACUCUCCAGAGUGGAAGGAACACUGCAGCCUGCUGAUGGAAACACCAGUGCACAAAGCUCUAAUGAUCUUGAGGAAUGUGGGGGAUAUUAUUUAAUCUAUUCUCAAAUAAAGAGACAAAGUAUAAUCUUUUUAUAAUUUUUAUCACAUUGUUCAUAAUAAACAUUUUUCUUGUAAA